GCGAGGGGAGGAGGAGGAAGGCGGGGGGAUGCUGCUUCUUCCCUCCCUCCAUCGCGCUCUCGCUCUCUCCCUCCCUCGCCGCGGCCGGAGGAGCGCAGGCGGCGGCAGCACGGCACGGGGGCUCGGGGAGCGCAGUCCCGCGGACCGCAGCGGGCUCCGGCCGGGCCCCGCUGGGGCAGCCGGCGCGGCGGAAACAUCAACAUUUUAGCUGUCCUUGUUGUGAUUUGGAACGCGUCUCCCCAAACUGUUGGAAUUUCCCACAGAACAGAUGUUCAGCCUCUUAAUUUGUGCUUCAUCAGCAAAUACUUGAAUUUCCAAGACUGCGUGUCCCUUCUCAGCUGGAAGGUGGCAGGAACCAGAGGAGCCAUCUCGAAUAAGGGCUUGUCUCACCAGAGGUGUAGGUCUUGGAGGCUUGCGUGACAGUCACUGUGUGCUGACACCAUGGCGCUGAAGCUCCCAGGAAUGGGCUCGCUCUCCUUUGUUAGCCUUGGAGUCCUAGUUCUGGUUUUGGCUCUCCCUGCUGAUGCUGGGCUUUCUCAGAAACAUGUUUCAGACGUCGUCGAUGACAGCAAAGACAACAUCACCAUUUUCACCCGGAUCCUGGACAGGCUGUUGGAUGGAUACGACAACCGCCUGAGACCUGGACUUGGAGACAGUGUAACUGAAGUCAAGACAGACAUAUACGUGACGAGUUUCGGCCCUGUCUCAGACACAGAUAUGGAAUACACUAUUGAUGUCUUUUUCCGGCAAUCCUGGAGAGAUGAAAGGUUGAAGUUUGAUGGUCCCAUGAAAAUACUUCCCCUGAACAACCUGCUGGCCAGUAAGAUCUGGACUCCUGACACCUUCUUCCACAACGGGAAGAAAUCUGUUGCCCAUAACAUGACAACACCCAACAAGCUGCUGCGCCUGGUGGACAAUGGCACCCUCCUGUACACCAUGAGGCUAACGAUUCAUGCAGAGUGCCCCAUGCACUUGGAGGACUUCCCAAUGGAUGUGCAUGCCUGCCCGCUGAAAUUUGGGAGCUAUGCCUACACAAAGACAGAGGUGAUCUACACCUGGACACUGGGGAAGGAUAAAUCAGUGGAAGUAGCAAAGGGUGGAUCUCGCCUGAACCAGUAUGACCUGCUGGGCCACGUUGUGGGGACGGAGAUGGUUCGAUCCAGCACAGGGGAGUAUGUCGUCAUGACCACACACUUCCACCUCAAAAGGAAGAUCGGCUACUUUGUGAUCCAGACCUACCUACCCUGUAUUAUGACGGUCAUCCUGUCCCAGGUCUCCUUCUGGCUUAACAGGGAGUCUGUCCCUGCCCGAACGGUUUUUGGCGUCACCACCGUCCUCACCAUGACCACACUAAGCAUCAGCGCAAGAAACUCGUUACCUAAAGUGGCGUAUGCGACGGCCAUGGACUGGUUCAUAGCCGUCUGUUAUGCCUUUGUGUUUUCUGCGCUGAUCGAAUUUGCCACUGUUAACUACUUCACCAAGCGCAGCUGGGCUUGGGAUGGCAAGAAGGUGCUGGAAGCCCAAGAGAUGAAGAAAAAAGAGCCAGUGGCACUAGCGAAGAAAACCAACAACACCUACAACAUUGUUGGCACCACAUAUGCCCUCAACAUUGCGAAGGACCCUGGCCUGCCCACCAUCUCCAAGAGUGCUGGUGCCACUGCUACUGCCACCAACGUACCCCCCAAGAUGCCCCGCACAGAGGAGAAGCUCCCAGAGAGUAAGAAGACAUACAACAGCGUCAGCAAGGUAGACAAGAUGUCCCGCAUCGUCUUUCCAGUCCUCUUUGCCAUCUUCAACUUAGUCUACUGGGCCACGUACGUAAACCGGGAGUCAGCUAUCAAGGGAAUGAUCCCCAAACAAUAAAACCAGUCACACAAACCUUCCAUCAGUGAGCACCAUCCAGGCAGGAAUUCUCCAGGGCUUUCUUCUUUCCUGUUUUGCUUAAUUAUUAUUGUUUAUUUGAUAUUAUUAUUAUUCCUAUUAGAUUGUUCUUUUAUAAUGUAAACAAAACUGUGAUUUUAAUUUCACCACGUCUUAUGCUUUAGUUUCCUUUUACUUUGUCUCUGAUGAGGAAAGGAAAAAAAAAAAAGGAUCAUAACAAGUUGUGCCUCUAACAUCGUGAGUCUGAUGUCCCCCAAGUUGCCUGUGCUUCCAUCUCCCUGCCUCCACUUCCUGCCAUUCCCACAGUCUGCAUGCCACUGCCAUUCCACACUCCACUCUGCUGGGGGCUGCUGCCAGGGUCCACUACCUUCUUCCUCUUCUGCGAAGGACUGCCCUAGCAUAAUGGAUGCUCCUGGUGGCCUGGGUUCAAGGAUAUGGAGGCCUCUGGCAUCAGUCUGCUGGGCUGCUCUUCAGUGCCUGAUGCUUUGUGCUCAGUGGUAUUCCUGGGCUGUGGAUGCAGGUGAGCAAUGCAGCAGGGGCCAGCUUGUAGCCCGACACUGGUGGUGAACCCACCACUGCUGUGGUCUGUGGAGCCAUUGCAGGGAUGGAACAGGGUGGCAGCAUCUUGUAGGUACCUACAGGGCUUCUUCCCCUGUGUUCACCCAGCUGCUGGUUUCCUCCAUGUCUCUCAUGAGACAAGAGCAGGUGAGAAAGGUCUUAUCUGUCUGCCACCCUCUUGAGGCAAUUCAUGUUAGAGGGUGGGAUGGUUCCUACCAGAGAAAUAGUUUUUCUCAGGGUCAGUCAGGAAGUCAAGACAGGAGCCUUGGAGGAGAUGAUAGUAGCUGUGAGGCUACAUGCAUUCAGCAUCAGGACUGGAAGCCAUAGAGUUCAUGUUCAGAUGGGUGGUUCAUCACUUUCUCUUGGCCCCAUCCACCUACCCUUCUUGACAUCUCCUCUCUCUCCCAGAACCUUCUUCCAGCUUCCCAUUCAUCUUCCUUUGGUUACUCAGCAGCCCUCAGUAGUAUCUCACUGCUCAUGGGUCGAUGUAGACAGAGAAGCCCCUACCUCUCAGGUAAGGCACACUGACAGGGAGGACCACAGCCUGGGGAAGUCCAGCUCAUGGUGCAUCCCUGCUCCGGUGCACUAGAGCAGCAGUGAUGCUGGUUCCUGUGGCACACACCAGGGGCCACUCAGCCAGCUGUAGGGGUGAGUCAAGGGACGGCCAGUCCCCAAGCACCUCCCUGCCCCUGGUGAGCCUUGCUGAGCAUCCUCAGCACCAAGGGAGAACAGCAGAAGGGGCUUUUUGAAACAGCAGGGUGAUACUGCUGUCCCAGAGAGCCAUGUGAGUCAGGUGCCAUCCCACAAAGCCAUUGAGAUAAGAAACAAUUCUUAACUGUUCCAAGGAAAGCCCUCCAGUGCCUUGGAGAGAGGCUUUUUCUCCUUUGCUGGCCACCAUAGUCAAGGACCCAAAACAGUGGUUGUCCCCUUCCCAGCAGCAGCACAAGAUGGUGGCAUCCAAGCCAUUUGUCUUCCCUCUCUGGUGUCCAGAACCAUGGACACACUGUCCUGCUACAAGGAAAGACAUCCUGUGCCUGGUGAGUUCUCUUCCCCAGCCUGUGGGCAGCACUAAUCCUGCUCGCAGCCCUGCUCUCAGGAUGGGGUGCAUCCCCUCUUUCCUGAACCUCCCUCCAUCCCUCUGGCUGAGCUGCCCCAGCAUGUUUUGGGUGCAUGCAGUCAGGCCAAGGUGAUGUCUUCAUCACCCCCAAGGGUGAUGUCUUCAGCAUUGCUUUGAGCUGCCGUGCCAAGCUUAGUUCUCCCCUGCCCAUGCAGGAGCAGGGCUGAGCACAAGGCAUAGGAUUUACCCCACCUGGAAUAUCCAUGGGGACAGUAGGACAGAGCGGGGAAGGCCAGGGAGCUUUGUCCUGCAGCAUGGGUGGCAUUGGUGCAUGUCCUGCCUGUCCCUUACCAAUCUUGCUGGCUCAACAGCAGUGCAGUCACUCCCCCUGCCUACAGCUGCAGUGAGGAGCGGAGCUCGGAGACAUUUAGCUCAGCCCCCAGUGCUUUCGGUCCAUAAGCACAUCCACACAAGCAGGCAGCAUCAGGCAAGCUCUUCAAGCUGAUGCUAAGAAAACCAGUUCUCUCCCCAUUCUCCCCCAUAACAUCUACACCCCAAAACAUUUCUACAGUGCCUUUCAUUCCUGAGGGCUCCCUGCUGGGUGACAAAGAGAGGAAAGCUUGGGAGCUCUCCCCUUUGCGCACCCAGCAUUAGGCUGGAGGAGCAGAGGGAGAGUUCACCAUCCCCAGUCCUUCUGCUGGGUGACGGGGACAUCCCGGCUGCUUUUGCAUCCCCUGGCACUGGCCUACUGCUGCUGCUGCAGCCACUGUGUUCUGACAGCGUGGCCUCCCCAGCAGAGCCCACUGUGUCCCCAGACCCCUUGCCACCGAGACCCCUGUGCUCCAUCCACACCAGCAGCGUCCCCUCUAGCAGUCAGUGCCAUUGUGCUGCCCUUCUGCUCCCUGGGUUUUCCAUUGGGAAGUACCACAGUAUCCGGCCGUGAGUCUGUUUUAGACACUACUUGGAUGUCAUUUUCUUAAAUAAGCUAGAUGAAGUGUAUCUCAUAAAACAUUCAUGUCUCUAUAAUGCUCGGGCCUAAGUGAACAGAAUAGAAACACUUAAAAAGCAAACCAAACACAAUAAAACAAUAACAAAGAGUAUAUUGUGUUUACAAAUGGAAUUACAUCAAAGGCAAGUUUAAAUACAAGAUCAGUGACUUGACUGACUUGAGCAGGCCCUGGCGCAGAGGUAGUCUCCUGCUAGCCUGGGCAUUCCCCAAAGUCCCCUUCACCCCAAGGGCCACGUCCUACCAUGCAUCACCUCGCUACGCAUUCCUGGUCUGUUGGUGGCAGCUUCGCAAAGCUCUUCAUGAAGUCAGGUCUUACCAUCGCUCCUCAGCAGCUGCUGCCUUUGUGCCCCAGGGGUGAUGCUCAAGGUGCUGGGGCUGGAUCUCUCUGCGGUGCUGGGCACAGCAUCAGCGCAACAUCUGAGCUUCCUCCCUCUUGUGGAUGAUCCGAUCUGUCGGGGUGUAUCUCCUGCCUGUGUCUUCCCCCAGUCUUUCCCUCCCUGCAAUGCCGAGGUGCUUGUCCCUCCCCAGGACACAGCCCAUCAAUCUGGCUUGCUGGUGACACCUGUCUGCUGGCUCAUCUUUGCUCUUCCUGACUCCAAAAACUUUGCUCUCUGCCUGAUAAAAGGCUGCCUUCCUGGGUCUGUGUUAGCACGCCUUGAAAGCCAAGUCUAUUCCCACCAAAGCCUGGCACUGGUUCCGGAUCUUUUUGCCAGCUGGAAGCAGAAAUACCAGCAUCCUUUGGUUAAAGACAACAAACCAAACAGGAUUUGUAGUUUGGCUCCCAAGCAAGGAAGCAUUUUGAGAAGAUAGUUAUAAAUAAGUGGUUUAACAUCUCCUGCCAGCAGACAUCACAGAGAAGAUAAUGUUCUUUUUUUUUUUUAAUCUGUCAGCGGCUCAAAUUGGGACAUUUCCUUCCCAGUUAACAUGAGGCUGCUGAUGGAGGAGGCUUCCUCUAAGAGCAUGCCAGAGCUAACCUAGUAUCAGUUACUGGGGUUCUCUGCUUGCUGUGAUAGUAUCUAAGGGCUCCAUUUUUAUAAUUGGCCACAUAUAGUAAUAGAUCUGUACGUGGCCAUUGAUAGUCUAAUCCAUACGUGUGCACAGCAUGGGCGCUUCAUUUCGCUGUGAACCUUAAUACUCCAAUAUUCUUUUUCUUCUGGCAAGGCCCAAAGCCUCCCUGGCUUGAUGAGAGUCUCCUAGGCAGGAGUUACAAGUCUUUGAGAGUGAUAAAAAUGACCUGUUCAGUCUAUGCUCCUGUUCUGUAGCUUGCACCACCUGGGACAAACACAGUGUAGCCCAAGCCUGCAGUGGCAUUCCUCCUGAAAAUGUCAGAGGGACAUUUUGGCACUUGAAGCUUGCCCAUUCUCUCCUCUGACAACAUGCAUGGGCAAAGCAGUUCAGCAUUCAGGAGCUCCAUGCCCUGGGGAGGUGAGGAGUGGUUUGGCGGAGAUCCUCCAAGCAGGCAGUAGAGGCAGUGCAUGGUCACUGUGAGUGUCACAUCAGUGCUGUGACAUUUCUGUGGGGUGACAUGCAAGGGAGAGGGGAGAAGUGGUCCCUUGGUGUCACCCAUUCCAAAGGGCUGAUGGAGUUACCCACAUAUCUCUCAAGCGCUUCUUGAAGAUCACCCAGCAGGACUGUAACACUCAAGACACUUCCCGGUUCUCUUCUGUGCACUAAGCUCAACAUAAGCAAAGCUGGCUUUGCACUCCCUAGGUUUUACAGGCAAGUGCUGUGGCCAACACAGCUCACGCCCGCCCUGAUCUCUGCCAGCUCAGGGGCACUGGCAGGGUCCUACCUAGUUCAUUUGCUGUAGGACAUCCUCUGUGCAAGCAGACCCCAUGCUUGCUGUUCCCAGACACAAGCCACGUGUGCAAACAAGGUCACAACCAGCCUGUUUCUGCAAACACAGGGUGCAUUCACUUCUUAUCUGCUGCCUCAAGUUCUUCUGUCCAUAUCUUGGAUUCCUUUCAGCUAUCCCUUGGGGAGGAUUACAGGGCUGCAUCACAUACUAGAAAGGGAUUUCUCUUGCUCCAGAUCACCUUGCAUGGGAAGGUCCUUUGCUACAACCUUGCUAAGACCUUCAGAAACCUGGAGCUGUUGCAUCUCCCGGAGGGUGCUGCAGAAGCAUCUCUUAGCAGCUGCUGAAGGAACAGAGCAGUUAAACACACACUGCUGUUAAAGCAAGGAUCGUGGUCAAACACGAGUGGCUAUUGAGGACAGGUACCAUGGUCUACCAGCUUGCCAUGGCAUGCCGUGAGCAGGAAAGGACCAGGCAGCCCCAAUGGGCUCACUUGAGCGACAUGCUAGUACCCCCAAUUCCACGUGCUUGGUCCUGGGAGUGGUGGACAGCCACUGUGGGGCCAUGGGACUGGAUUGUUGCACCAUGCAGGGUCAGGCCAGCCCUCACUCCAGGCCCUCUCCCACAAACUGUAUGCCUCUGGGGCCACACUUUAACGCAGCCAAUCAAAUAUCCGUGUGGAUUUUGCAGACUGGAGAGAAAUAACAUUUCCCUGACUCCCUGGUGGCUGUUGAGGCUGGGGAGGGCUCAGCCAGGGUGAGAGGCACAUUCAUGAGAAUCUAAAUGCUCUAUUAAUGUCAAAGUAGGAAUGAAAAAACCUCAAACAAUUCACCAAUCCUCUCUCCAUAUCAAGCUAAACUACUCCCGAAGGCAUUUUUGGCAAGAGGCCACAGCACAGAUGAGAUUGAUGGCUUCCAGGUAUAAAUAUUUACUGUUUGACCUUGUUCAGUCAGCCAAAGGUUUUUACAUAUAUAUAUGCGCGUGUGUGUAUAUUUAUGCUCACAACCUCUUCAUAUCUAAAAGUCAAACCUCUUUCUCUUUGAAGGAGAAAAUGGCCACUUUCAAUUGUUUUACUUCCCUCUCAUUGUCUUUGCUAAAUCUUCUGGAAGGAUGUGCAUCCCUCUCUGCUGGUCCUCAGAUGGCUUUAAGAGGCACAGGGAACAAAGGAAGCAAGGGAGAAGAGCCUCACUCCAUCUUGGGGUCUCAAUGCAGAAUUGCUGCCUGGACUAAGGUCACUGCUGGCAGCAAUGCCCAGCACCUAUCAGGAAAAGUUAACCCCAGAUACCACAGCUUCUCCAGGCAGCCUUUGCCCUGCUCCAGACACUAGGAUGUUCCCAGGAAGGCAGCAUGGCUCUUUAACAGCUAAAUGCCAUAAGCAAUUAGUCCUCACUCCGUAGCACAACCAGGGAAUGCGUAGCUGAACAUUGCAAAGGGGUGUGAGGUUUCCACCCUGAGCAAUGCUUCAGGAGGGAGCGUAAAACCUGGUGGGAUCCAUUCCAGCUGUCCCUGGCUAGAGGAAUGCUGCAGGUAGUGGCUGUGCUUCAGCUUCAGCUCUUCUGCAAAGGGAAGUGCUAGCACUUGACCACUACUUGCUGCUCAUCCAGGUGGGAAGUGCUGGCAUGUGAUUAUGUGCUAAUUGUGGAAGGAGUCAGCAAAAGCACAGGCCUUUGCUGCUGCUGUGUCCUGGAUCUGAUCUCACCCCAGCACAAGCAGGACCAAAGACAGAUGAUGCUGGGCAGCUCAUGGUAAGUGGACAAUGUGCAGCCCCUAGCAGUGGUACCCAGCGCCAGCUUCCUCAGUGUCAGCCCUUUGUCUCCCCCUGUCUUAGAAGAAACGUUUAGGCAGUGAUCCUGCAACAGCAUUUGUAGCUCCUAUAUUCCUUCCUGUGCUGCUGGAGCAAGGCUGUGGUCAGUGGCACCACUGCCUUGUCGUGGCCCAGCCACAAGAAUGAAGGAUGUCACCACCCAUAAGCAAACAAAGCCGGUUCUUUCUAUGUCUAUGCCUGCCUCCCACCAUGGGGAUCUGAGCUGCUUUAAACAGCAGAGAGCCUUAGGCUUGGAUUAGUCUUAACAUUUGACCCGUCAUCCUUCACCACAAGCAAGCAGGGUUAUGCUGGUUUUUGCUCUUGAAGCUCUAGGACAAAAUAAGAUGUUCUAGCAACUCUGUGCUCGUCCCCACCAAUGCAGAUCUCUUCUGCUUUAAUGCUUCCAUCUGCCUAGAGAGGGAAGCCUGGUCCCAGGUUUGCUAUGUAAGCCAGGAUGCUCCCACAGUCUUUAAAGGCUCUUGGCUUUUUUCUUCACUGCAGCUUGAAGGUCCUGUCAACUUCUUCAGUCCAUUGGCUCAUGUUACACUGCGAGCAGCACUCUCUUUCCCCUGAAAAAUCUAUGGAUUUCUCCUGUCUUUUUGCAGGGCACCCAGCAAAGCUAACAGCAAUCAUACAUUGAACGAGUUGAUUUUCACAACCACAAAAAAAGUAGGGGCAGAGUUAGGAAACCUGAGUCUUUGUCACAUUGCCUUUGCAAUGAGGGAGUUUCUGAGCUGACUAAAUCCAGUCAGGUGGCCACAAGUAUCCCUUCAUCAACUAGAUUUCCACUGCUGACUGACCUGGGGAUAGCCACAGGCAAAUGUCCUACCUGAGGGUGAUGGUACCUGCUGCUUCUUUAGCUGCAGACCUGGUGCCCAAGGUAGGAAGAGUUACAUUAGCAUCAUGCUAGGGCAGCCCAUCAUGGGAAAGAGCACACUACAACAAAUCACCAGAAAACACGCUCAUUUUCACUGCCUCAGGUGCAACAUGUGCCCCAGUAUGUCUUCUGCUUUGUUUUCCAUCUUGUGAGACUUUCUUUACUCCGCUAUGGGAAAGAAUCUAGCUGGCAGCAGUUUAAUGCAUGACAAUCCUGUUAUUACAGCUGUAAAUAAUGAACAACUAGAGAAAAUGCUUUUUUUUAUUAUUAUUAUUUUUUGUCAAUUUUAUUUUCUCCAUUGACUAGCUGGUAGCCACUUUCUUAAGGAAUUUCUCAUGGAAACUGUGACUUUUCUUCUCUUUCUCUUUCUGAGAUUUGUGUUUCAAAUGCUUUUUGGUGCAAUGUUCAAUGCCUGUUUGUAUUUUUGAACCGUAUUUUUCAACCUUUGCCAGAAAAAAAGAAAAAUUGCUCAUUCUAAUUGGCAGGAUUUUGAGUCCUGCGGUUUUUUUCAGCUUUGAGCUUUUUCAAUAAGUUAACGCAACAGAAAAAUGUCUCCAAAAAUCACAGUAAAGUUCUGAAGAGAGAUUAGAAAACAUCAGAAACAAGAACUACAUGAAUAAGAUCAGCAAGAGGAGGAGGACUCUUCUGACCACCUACUAACCUGAUCUAACACACAAGGCGGGACUAGACCUCUUCAGUGAACGAAAUCACUCCGCUUUUCCACUCUACCCACUCUCUCCAACUCCAAUCAAAACAAAUUAAAAUUCAUAUUAAGAAAGAUAA